GCGUCUCAAUAGCCCCUCCUUGGGUACGAGACCGUUCGAUGCCGAGCCAACACCCUGUGAACUGUCCAUGGCCAUCCAAUCCUUCGUGGUCCCCCUCUUCAUCCCAUGGCUAUCCCGUGGGGUUGUGAGGAUUCAACUUCCGGAUGAAUCACUCGUCGUGGAUUCACCACGCCCAGAGAGCGAAACUCCGGAGGUUCAGUCGGACAACUCCUCCGAGCGCGCUGUCGAUGCCGUCGUUUUGCCCUGCGAUCAUGGAUAUCAUCUAGAUACUCAGUGUCAUUGCGUAGAGACAUCAGCCGUGCUAUGAUUUCGUCACAGUGAGAACUUGUCGGGCACGCAAAGCUCAGACAGGGCGAUACAGGCCCGAACGAGCCUCGCUCGUAAUCGCGUUAUUGCCAGAGCUCGACCAGGAUGGAUACGCUACGCGGUUUAUUCCACUCGACUCCUUGUUGUCCACUUCUAUGCUUCCAUUUCGCGAGUUGCUAUCACUUUGCCCCACGCCCGCGCGUUCCAUUCAAGUAAUCGCUUACGAGUGGCCAUACACUGCGAUCGGCUUGUACGCCUCCUCGAGGUACUUGAUGUCGUCCGGAGUCAGCUCGACGU